GGACUGUAUAUAAAGAGUGGCCUUGGGCAGUUAGGUCUGACUGCUUUGGGAUUAGAGCCUGUCCAGCUGCUCAAGGAAGCAAGAUUUCCUGUGCAGCUCCUUUCUCCUCCUCCCCGCGGGCUUGGCAAAGUCUCAACAGGAAGUGAGGAGCCCAAGCAUCCUCCGCUCAUCUUUCCAGGCGCAACAGAGACCAUCCCGGAGGCCCUGGGGUCCGCAGGGUCCUGGCCAUGCUGCUGUGGUCUUCUCUAGGCGGCUGCUGGAAGCUGGGGUGCGAGGACUGGAUGCAGAGCUCUUCGCAGCUCCCCAAACAGGACUACGAGGCCCUGCAGGAAAGAUGCCUGAUAGACGGCUGCCUCUUUGAGGACCAGAGCUUCCCGGCCACCCUGCGCUCCAUCGGGCGCGGGCCCCUGCUGCGGAAGCUGCCGGAGCGUGUGUACUGGAGGCGGCCUCCGGAGCUGCACAGCAAUCCCCAGUUCUAUUCCGCCAAGGCCAAAAGGCUGGAUCUGUGCCAGGGAUUGGUAGGUGACUGCUGGUUCUUGGCGGCUUUGCAAGCUCUGACUUUGCACCAGGAUAUCCUGAGUCGCGUUGUUCCCCUGAAUCAGAGUUUCACUGAGAAGUAUGCUGGCAUCUUCCGGUUCUGGUUCUGGCACUUUGGGAAGUGGAUUCCGGUGGUGGUAGAUGACCGACUGCCCGUGAAUGAGGCUGGCCAGCUGGUCUUUGUCUCUUCCACCUACAAGAACUUGUUCUGGGGAGCUCUUCUGGAAAAGGCCUAUGCUAAGCUCUCUGGCUCCUAUGAAGACUUACAGCGCGGACAGGUAUCUGAAGCCCUUGUGGACUUCACUGGAGGGGUGACAAUGACCAUCAACCUUGUGGAAGCCCCUUGCAACCUCUGGGACAUUCUAACCCGAGCCAUCUACAGCAGGACCCUGAUUGGCUGCCAGACCCACGCAGGGAAGGAGAGGGUGCUGGAGAAUGGGCUGGUGGACGGCCAUGCCUACACUCUGACAGGCAUCAGGAAGGUGACCUCCAAACAUGGACCUGAGUAUCUAGUCAAGCUGAGGAACCCCUGGGGGAAGGUGGAGUGGAAAGGUGACUGGAGUGACAGCUCAAGUACAUGGGAACUACUGAGCCCCAAGGAGAGGAUUCUGCUGCUAAGAAAAGAGAAUGAUGGCGAAUUCUGGAUGACACUGCGGGACUUUAAAACACAUUUCACACUUCUAGUCAUCUGUAAACUGAGCCCAGGCCUGCUGAGUCAGGAGGUGGGCCAGACCUGGUUGUACACCAUGCUGGAGGGGAGAUGGGAGAAAGGAACCACAGCCGGUGGCCAGAUGAGGUCACCUCGAGACAUGUUUUGGAAGAACCCACAGUUCCUGCUGUCGGUCUGGAGGCCCCAAGAGUGCAGGAGGCUGCAUAUGCCCUGCAGUGUGCUUGUAUCCCUGCUCCAGAAGCCCCGGCACAGGCACCGGAACCGGAAGCCUUACCUUGCCAUUGGCUUCUACCUCUUCAGGAUGAACCAGGUGAGUUCCACACUUGACUGGCUGGCCCUGGUUGGGAGCAAUGUCCCUGUGUCCGGGUUCACUGGCACUGCAGCAGCCUUACGUCAGGAGCUGUGGGAAGGGCUGACGGUAAUGCCGACUGCCUGUGUGUGUGCCGGUAGAGAGCAUCUGCUGUUCUUUUUCAUCCAAGGACCCCCCAAAGAGGUGCCCCCUGAAUUCUUCUGGGAAAAUGCUCCCCUGAAUUGGCCUGAGAAGUUUCUCACAGAGAAGGAAGUGAGUCGGGAGCUGUGGCUGGAGCCAGGCACGUACCUCAUCGUGCCCUGCACGUCUGAGCCCCGCCAGGAGUCGGAGUUCGUCCUCAGAGUCUUCUCCAGGAGUCACGUCUUUUAUGAAAUUGGCAGCAGUUCGAGUGUCGUCUUCUCUAAGGAAAUUGUAGACCCAAAUGAAGGGCAGGAUGAAUUCUUCACCAAAGUCUUUGAAAAGGUAAUAUCCGAAAUAAAUGCGAUCCAACUGCAGAAGAUCCUGAACCGCAUGCCCUGGUCAGGCCUUGGGAGCAAACCACCUCUCUUCAGCCUCGAAGCCUGCCAGGGGAUCCUGGCCCUACUGGAUCUUAAUGCAUCUGGCACCGUGAGUAUCCAGGAAUUCAGGCACCUGUGGAAACAGCUGAUGUUCUAUCAGAAGGUUUUCCAUAAGCAAGACACUCACCGGUCAGGAUCCCUGAACUGGGCCCAGCUGCAAGCUGCCAUGAGGGAGGCAGGAAUCGUGCUCAGUGGCAACAUCAGCCAGCUGAUGCUCAUCCGCUACGGCGGCCCUGACCUCCAGAUGGACUUCGUCAGCUUUGUCCACUUGAUGCUGCGUGUGGAGAACAUGGAGGGUGUCUUCCAAAACUUGACCCAAGAUGGCAGAGGGAUAUACCUCCGGAAGCCAGAGUGGCUGAUGAUGAGUCUAUACUCCUGAGAAGGCUGGAGGCUCAUCGGCCCUCACCGAGGACUCCACAUACUGCCCAAGGGUGGCCUUGGGCUGAGACCAGUCAUACUCAACUCACCUAUAGUUCUUCAGGACCACAUCUCCCGCCAUCACCUUCUCAUCUGCAGAGCCUUCUCUUCUGCAGAUCUCCCCUUUGGAUGGCCAGCCUGCAGAAAGGGAAGGAAGGUCAUAAAGACUGAUUGCCUCGGACUUGUGACGACCGGCUCUCUUUCCUUGUGACCACAGUUUUGUCACAAGCAGAGAUGUGGCCUAAGCAAUUUGACUCUGGGGUUUGUGUGCUUACCUUCAUGCAAUACCGCCUCCAUGGGUGUCCAACUUCAAUGACCUUGGACAUGCCAAGUGUCACCCCAUUUAGGCUUAUGGUCUAGGUUUCAAGAUCUGAAGAUGGAAUGAUGUGUUCGUAGACAUCUGUACCCACAUCUAUAAAUUGGUUUAGGCAUAGGUUUAAUUUUAACUGUCUGGGGAGUGGAAUGGGGAUAGAUUGAGCUUCCAAGAAUACAGAAAAUAGAAUUGGUAGAUCCAGUUGGGAUGGGCUGGCUCUGUCAUCUGAGGCACUGGGUGAUCUUCUGCUAACAAUAAUCCCCAGGUGAUUGGGUCUGAGGGGGGGUUUCCAGUGGAUUUAAAACAUUAGACUUCUUAAGGGCUUUCUGUAUAUGUUGGGUGUCCAUCUGUUUACCUGACCUAUGGACUAUCAGAUCUACAUCAAAGAAGAGCAGCAAAUUCAUGCUACAUCAUAGAGCUAAUCAGUGAUGGUUGGUAUAUCUGAUUCUUUAAACAACAUUGAUACCUCAUUUUCUUGGCAUCCCUACCAACCCAGAGCCAAUGUAGGAAGCCAGAACCUGCACAGUGCAUUUUACCCGUAAGUUAGCAACCCAGAGCCAUUCGUUAAAAUUCUAUUUAUUAUUAAUUUACAAAUGACUCUAACAAACAUGACUAUCUGGUUUCCAGGUCUACAGCAGACUAGAGGAGGCUGGAUGAGGGGAUAAAAGGGUGUCCAUUGGCAGAACUAAAGGGAAGUCAACAGCCUGGUGGAUGGACAGUGUAGCAGAAGGCGGGAGCGCUUUCAGAGCAUGGCUCAAGGAAGUAGAAAAGCAAUUUAUUUAGAAAAACCGUUAUUUAUUCUAAAUGACAGAAUGUAAAAUGGUUGGUCAUAAAGUGCCAUACAUGCUAAUAUCUGAGAUACUGAUUUUGUAAAUUAUGAUCAUAACAUUGUUAGUCUUUGAAAGCUUUUCAUGUCUAUUUAUUAUCAGUGUCUCUGCCUUUAGACUCUGCCAUGUAAAUAUUUGGUUUAAUUAAAUAGUUAUUUCUUUCCUC